AUGCGGAAUGUUAUGCACAUUUUGCAAACUAAAGGGUAUAACUUACAGUAUCGUGUAAACACGAUUACUAACGAGCUAGAAGAUCUAUUUUUUAUUCAUCCAACAUCAUUAAAGAUGUGGCAAACAUUUCCAUAUGCGGUGUUGAUGGAUGCUACAUAUAAAACGAACAAGUAUAAUCUUCUUUUCCUAGAAAUUGUUGGUGUCACUUCUACAAACAAGACGUUUUCCAUAGCCUUUGCAUUCAUACAUAAUGAAAAAACGAGCAACUAUAUAUCGGCAUUGACUUGUUUGAAAUUGACGAUUAACGAUUCUUUCAGUCCUCGUGUUAUCGUCACCGAUAGAGAUUUAACAUUGAUGAAAGCAUGCGAAGAUGUUUUUUCACAAAAUGUUUUUGAUUAUCUUUAUACUGUGUGGUUGGGGAAGUAUGCUGAAAGAUUUAGUCGAGAGCCAACAUGCCAAACUGAAAAACACCUGGAAUAUGCGAAAUGUGAUUUGGACAAAUUCAUACAUGUUAUUGAAAAAGUUGUACAAUCACAAGAAACUGCUAUCAAAGAAACUUUCACACGUUGCAUAAUCACUUAUAUGCCAAGGUUUAAGGAUCGGAUAUUCGAAAUAUUGCGAAAACGUGUUUCAGUGCAUGCUAUGGAUAAAAUCUUGGAAGAGUUUCAUCGGUCAAAAAGAUUUGCACUAACUCCUGAGAAUUGUGGAUGUCAAUUGCGGACAUGUUUUGGAUUACCAUGUGCUCACGAACUUGUGAUGUAUGUCGGCUCACCUAUUCCAUUAGAUUCGAAUGAUGCUUUUUGGAGAAAGCUUGAUUUGACGUCUUCUAUAUCUGUGGAAUAUGAUGAUCUUAAUGUUGAUAAUCAUAUGCAAAGUUUGGACAUUUACAUGCGGAAUAUUUAA